UUAUCGGCUGCCAUGUCGCCAUCUUCCUCUGCUCUUCCCUUCGUCUCUGCUGUUGACUGAUUGACUGAUUGACACUUGAUCACUCACCUCUUGCUUUCGUUCCACCAUGGAAUCAUUAGAAGCCCGGAGACAUGUUCUGCACACGACAGAACUCCUCGAGGCGAUCCUGCUCCAAGUCGACUUGCAGACGCUGCUGACAUCCGCUCAGCUCGUCUGUAAACGAUGGCAUGACCUGAUCACUUAUUCACGAACCCUGCAGCAAGCCUUGUUCUUCCAACCGGCACCGCCACACACGCAACGAGUCCAGAAUCCGCUACUAGCCAAGUUCUUCCCCCUCUGGUUUCCCGACCCCGAAGGUCCCAGACAGAAUUUCUGCCAUGCCGAUCUCCAGACCUUACCGCUGGCCGGUAAGGAGCACAGAGAUGCUUUUCUACGGAAAGGUGCGAGCUGGCGCCACAUGCUCGUCCAGCAGCCCCCCGCGCAGUCGCUGGGCUAUAUCGAGAUCAUCCAGGGAUUUGGUGGUAUUUCGUUCAAUCGAUACUUCCUACCCUUCGAUCAGGGUAUUCGCAUGAAUGCGUUUUAUGAUCUAGCUCUGUUCCCGCUGGGACGACUCAAGCGAGACCACAAGGUAUCCUGUCUCUGGUGGGAAGGUGGCAAGGAGGCCCAAACUGCUGCGAUGGAAGUCUCAUCGCGUGCGAAGGCUCAGGGCGAUGCGUCUAGAUUGUCGGAUAUCGUGAUCGAGACGUGGGAGAGCAAUGCGUGGGAUGACGAUGAUGGGCUGGGCAUAUACGCGGAUCCGUGGAAAUCUACACGAACGUUCGAAUUCCCCAUGAAAGACUGGAGGAUGAGCGCGUCGAGAAGAGAUCUCAAGCCGGAGGAUCAGGGAACGAUCGAUCCGGAGAUGGAAGAGGAUAAUGGAGCUGCUGCUGCUGCUGCUGCUCCUGUCGCAGCUGGAAAUUGAGAGCGAUUGUUACAAUUGGGCGUUUGCUUGAAUUGAUGCGGUUGAAACCGCUGGGUCUUUGAUAUAUAUGGAACUCUGAUCCUAUCUGGGACAGGGAUAUAAUGACUGCAUAUAGACAGUGUUGUUUGUUCUUAUUUCUAUAGGAUCUUCUCGGUAUGAAAGAUCCUUCUACACGUGUACAGUAUUCUGUGCAUUGAUAAUACUUCCAAAACAAAACAAUUUUUCUUCUACA